CUCUUUCAUUCAUUGUUCUUUAUCUCUCCACAUCACCGUCUAUAUCUCUCCUUUCCCUUAUCCCUAACCAGUCUGAAGAAGGGUCUCGACCCGAAACUGUUUUUAUUAAUGGCCAUCUUAGGCUCUGGACAAAUCCUGUUGGCCGGAAAUAGAUUGCAGCAUUUCCAAAGUGCAGUAGAUUAUUCUGAUCGUGCAGUCAUCUAGUUUAAUUUUGCGCACUUACAUUUCCCUCAGAACUGCCUUUGUGGAAUGUAAGCAUCGCAGAGACAGUCGGCUGCGUGUACGAUGUGGUUUAGUUGCCAUGUAAUCUGUGACAGACUACACACGUGAGCUGUGCACCAAUACCUGAGGAAACCGGAGAGAUGAGUCCUGUGACUGACUGUUUGCAUAAAGCUACACACACUGUCGCUCGCUCGCUCGCACCAAGUCUGCUGCACAAUAGUACCUCGGCCGCCGGAUCCUCGCAGAUCUCCGCUCUCCGAACCUGCGUUUGGCAGGAUGUCAUGUCUGCCCUUGCCCGAGGGCGCAUCGACCCGGAACGUCACCCACUCCUUCUCUCCAGAGAUGCUGCCUGUCCCACUGAGUUACUCCAACAUGUUGUGUCUAUCUUCUGCGCUGUGAGGAUCUGCGGGUCGCCGCCGCUGACGUCCGGUUGUUGUUAAUCCAUCCUCUCUGGCAGACACAUACAGGGGCGAGGGGGUCGGGGCGCUGCACCGGGACGCUUGGCUCCGGACUUUCCCCAGACAUUCGCGCAGGAGCCGGAACCAAUACAAGCAGCGAGCUCCGGGAGAUGCUGGUGGGAUUGAAAAGGAAAACCUUUACGUUAGUCUUCGAGAACAUGUUGCCCAAUGCCUCUGGCAACCCGGGCGAUGCCAUGAACUGCGCUAACUCAACACUCAACGGGACUGCAAGCGGCGCCUUCAGCCACACGAUCUUUAUCUCGUUCAUUUACUCGGUCGUGUGCUUCGUCGGGCUGUGCGGGAACUCCCUGGUCAUCUACGUGAUCCUGAGGUACGCCAAAAUGAAGACAGCAACCAACAUCUACAUCUUAAACCUGGCUAUUGCCGACGAACUGUUCAUGCUGAGCGUGCCCUUCCUGGUGACGGCCACACUGCUGGAUCACUGGCCCUUCGGCUCGUUGCUCUGCCGGCUGGUGCUCAGUGUGGACGCCGUCAACAUGUUCACCAGCAUCUACUGCCUCACUGUCCUCAGCGCGGACAGGUACAUCGCGGUGGUGCACCCCAUCAAAGCGGCCAGCUACAGGAGACCCACCAUAGCCAAAGCUGUCAACCUGGCGGUGUGGCUGCUGUCCACGCUGGUGAUCUUGCCCUUCAUCAUAUUUGCGGACACGGCCCCCAACCCCGACGGCUCCGUGGUCUGCAACAUGCAGAUGCCAAAACCCGACAGGCAGUGGCUGGAAGUGUUCGUGGUCUAUACGUUCCUCAUGGGCUUUCUCAUUCCCGUCGUGGCUAUCUGUCUGUGCUACAUCCUCAUCAUUGUCAAAAUGAGGGCGGUGGCUCUCAAAGCCGGCUGGCAACAGCGGAAGAAGUCGGAGAGGAAGAUCACCUUAAUGGUGAUGAUGGUGGUCACCGUGUUUGUGAUGUGCUGGAUGCCAUUUUACAUCGUACAGUUGGUGAAGAUAUUUCUGGGGCGACAAAAUCUGACCGUCAGCCAGCUGGUGGUGGUCUUAGGUUACGCCAACAGCUGUGCCAACCCUAUUCUCUACGGCUUUCUGUCGGACAACUUCAAGCGAUCGUUCCAGAGAAUCCUGUGCCUGCGAUGGAUGGACAAUGUUGCAGAGGAGCCCAUGGAUUACUAUGCCACGGCCCUCAAAAGCAGACCAUACAGCGCGGAGGAAUUCCAACAGGACCCGAUGGAGUCAGAGAGUGUGUACCGCAAUGGUACCUGUACCUCAAGAACCACCACCCUCUGAGUACUCGCGGGUCAGCUACGCCAAUUCAACAAAGAUGCUGCCCUCCGCCUUGGUGGUCGGAGUAAUGGGACAGAUUUCUGACGUCUAUUAUGAUUUCUGGUCGCU